CUGACAACACGGGAUAGUCAAACAUUUAAAUACAUGUGUGUUCGCAUUUGGCUGGAGGUGGGUCACUCUUGUGAGCCUCGUCGUUCCGCGGGGGGCAGAGCCCUAGCGCUCGACUGGCGGGUUUGGGUGAGGGGCGCGCGAGGAGACAUCAGCGGGUUCGUCCACAAGGUCGUGUUCAAACUACAUCCACCUACCGCCUUCGUAUACCCCAAGAGAGUGAUACAAGAGCCGCCGUACGAAAUCCAAGAGUCUGGAUGCGCUUCCAUCACCAUACCUAUAAAAGUGUACCUGAAGUACAGCAGCAAACCAAAGAAAAUCUGCCUCAAAUAUAGUCUUCAUAUAGAGAACAAUAAUAAAGCGAACUCAGAGUCACGAUGCGUUUAUUACGACUUUGAAAACCCAUCGGAAAUUCUCUGCAGUGCAUUGAUGAAGGGCGGCGGAGAAAUACUCGCUAGAUCUGGAUCAAACACGGGCAAACUGGUCGUAUUAUUCGACGAACGGACCAAAACUAAAGUGAAGAGAUACAAGUUCAUUGAACCCAUACGCUGCAAACACGCGUCCAAGACGAAAACAUCUUUAAUAGAUGAAAUAUGCUUGAAAUGCGGCAGUUCCAUCAGCACGGAUAUUAGAAAGCAGUUACGGACAGUCGAUAUGACGGAGAGUGAAAUAAAUCGCGUGUCUCAAUUGUAUUUAGCUUAUAAUAGUUACGAGAAGUCUUUGAAUUCGUUGACUUUGCCGCCAUUAUCCGAUCCUAUAUAUAAAAUACCAGAACUACCGGCUUCCUUACGUAGUGCUCUGACAAGCGUCGAAGCUGACUACGCGAUAUAA